UUGUACUAUUAACCUUUGUCACAACUGUCAAAACGAUCUCGACGAUGAUAGCGGCUUACGAAGUGAGCGUAAUGAGAAAACCAAUCGACAUCACGGAAAAAUGACAAUGACGAAUAAUUUCAAUAGAUUCGAGUAUCGAUUUAAUAUGCCUUUUUAAAAAGUGUGGAUGUGUCAGUAAGGAUAAAGACUUUUUUAUCCGGUUUUAUUCUUUUUUAUGCCGUUAAAUUAUGAACGAGCAUACAUGUGAAUUGUUCUGGAAAGAUGGGAACAAGUUAGAUUUUACGGUUACGAAACCAUUAACUUUCAAAAAUAUAUGGACAACUUGGUGUGGUAUCAAUAAAUAUACUCCAAAAUGCAGUCUUCACAUGGACAGCAUAGCUAUGAUGACUACCCACAAAAUAAGACAUGUUGAAUGCAAAUAUUGGUGGAUAAUACAUCCAUUUAGUUAUGCCAGGUAUUAAGUACAUUUUUAUAAAAGGAGUUAUUUAAGAAAGUCAACAUUUCAAGUAAAUAAUAUCUUUACUUCUUGAAAGACAGCACAAAUAAAUAUUGUUGUCUCUCUGAAAAAAUAAAAUAAAUAUUCACAGAUUCAUGUGGGAUACUUUGAUGAUGGUAAUUUACAUGAUCGCUUUCUUUACGAUUCCUUUUAUGAUUUGUUUUGUUAUAAUGGACUACGAAAUAAUUCGUCUAGAUAGAGUGAAUAUUCCAAUUUACGCGAUCUGUUGGUUAGAUAUAGUACUCAAUUGUAUUACGGGAUAUUAUGACAAGAAAACCAUGUCUUUUGAGUUGAAACCUAUAAAGAUAUUUAUGUUUUAUCUAAAAAGAUUUCUCGUGCCAGAUGUGCUAUCGUCUUUUCCAUAUGAUCACAUGACAUUACGAUGGCGACGAUUACCGGGGAAUAAUCCUAGUUAUAUCGUGACUUUAAUUAAUAUCAUGCCUCUUAUAAAAUUGAUACGCUAUUCUACUUUUAACUCACACAUUUAUUAUUUAUUCACGGUAAUCUUUCUUCAUAUCUUCUAUAAAAGAAAAUAUAAUGUAAAACAUUUUUAUUUUGAAUUAUGUACCAUUUUAAUGCUAGGAAUAUACUUAGUCUUUUGGUUUUCUUGCUUGUGUUAUUUAAUGCCAAUUUUAUUGAUGAAUUUUGCCAACAUUUCACCGAUGGAGUGUAAGGAUUGUUGGAUGAUGAAAUUUAAAGACAGCAGUCUUAGAUUUAAAUUCAAAAACGCCGUACUUACUGUAUUGGAAAAUAUAUUAGCAUGUGGCUACGGCCAAUUCAUACCCAAGACAGAUGGCCUCAUAAUUUUUAAUAGCAUUCUUAUGAUUAUCGGCAGAUUUAUCGUAUGCUAUAUAUUGAUUAUGUUUCUUCGUAUUAAAGCUGAAAGGAAAGCAUCCGAAUCAAAAUUUCAGGAGUUAAUAGAUCAAGUGAAAGCGUAUACGAGACAAAAGCAAUUAUUGCCGCAUAUGAAAAAACGUCUCUUGGCUUAUUAUCACUAUCGCUUCAAAACUACUUAUUUUCGCGAAAAACGGAUUUUAUCAGAUUUAACAGAACCGCUACGUGAAGAGAUUGCGCUUCAGUCCUUUCGACGAUUAAUCGAGAAUGUAAUAAUCUUUAAGAAUUUACCAAGAAAUAUUCUGCAGUCGAUAAUAAAGAACUUAAAAUUUGAACUAUAUUUGCCAAAUGACAUAAUCAUUAAAGCUGGUAGUCACGGUGACUGCAUGUUCUUUCUAUCUUCCGGAACUGUUGCGGUUUUGACGCCUACUGGAAAGGAAAUAUGUCAUUUGAACGAUGGUGCCCAUUUCGGCGAGAUCGCGCUUUUAGUAGCGGAUCAACGAAGAGUAGCCAGUGUCGUCGCGAUCGAAGUCUGCGAGGUAUAUCGGUUAGAUCGUAAAGAUUUUCGUCAAUGUAUAGACAUACACAGCGAAUUAUUCGCGGAGAUCGAACGCAUUGCCGCGGAACGCAUAGAAAGAACCAUGAGAAUCGAGGAGCAACAUAAGCGUUUUUUAAUGCAUCCGAAUCGCGUGCCGAAUCUACGCAAUGCGUCCAAAUCGGCAAAAACCUGAAACCCACUUUACAAUUAUACAUAUUGGCUCUUGUUUGUGUUGUCGGUUAUUGUCUUUCGUGUUGAUCAUUUAUCUCCGAGAAUUUAACACAACUCGACGAAUAUUUUCAAUUAGUUUUUAAUUAGUAAUUUUAUGGUAAUAUUAAACUAUAAUAGCAUCUAAAAUAUCUUAUUAUAUCCUUACCUUUAUCAACUCAAUCGGUAAUUAGAAACGGGAUUGAUUUCACAAAAUGGUAAUUGGUUUUUAUCAUCGCAAAACAACAAUCAUUUUGAUAGUAUAAUUAUAUAUUUAAGGAUCUUAUGCAUUAUUAUUGUCCAUAUCAUAAAAUCGUAGAUAGUAGCAUCCUCUCGUAUAUUUAUUACUAUUUUUAAAAUUAUAUAUAUACGUAUAUAAUCGUUAUCUAUAUUAAAAUUUUAUAUAUAUACGGCACUUAGAAUUACAAUUGUAUCCGUUAACACUUCAUGAUAGCGCUGUAUGAGCUCUAUACUUCUA